UCCAGAACAGGUGCAAAACUUCCCGCUUGUCAGUGUCAUAUUUGAUAGUAAAUGGGGCCUAAAUGGGGCUCCCACUUACUGAAAUACCAUGAAUUUCGGUCCCCCCAUUCCAAACAGAAGGAAAUAAAUCGAUUACUAAGAACAUUCAACUUCAGCCCAAUUGAACACUACGGAAAAACUAAGUUAGAAGACACCCCAGAAGAACAACGGGUUUUAGUGGGCAAUGCCUUUCGAUCUGAAAAAAAACUGUUGCAUCGAUCUCCCGCAAUUCAACAAAUAAUUUUCGAUGAUCAUGACUAUCAGCUACUUUCAAUUGGUCUCAACGACAUACCAGGAGCUGAUCAGAGAAUUCGCUACUUGGAAAUUGCCUACGCAGCUCCUGAAGAGUUACUUGUACAAUCUCGAAUAGCUGUAGGAGUUUUAGGAGUAGAGCGAAAAUACUUGGAUGUAAUGCUCAAACCUAGAAAUAUUUCUACGACGGUAAAGAGAACUAGCGUUAUGAAAAUCGGAGAGUUUAAGAUCCCACCAAAAUCGUCAAGCAAACAUCGGCUAAUAUCUGAUACUCUUUCCAAUUGCCCUUGCAAAUAUCAAGAAAGCCACGCUACCAAAACCGCUAGAGCUGCUCAGUGCAAAAAAUGGAGACUCUAUUUGGAAAUGGGUGGCGUGAUAACUAGUGAACUAUCAGAAAUGGGAUCAGCUCACACUAUUCAACCAUCCUUGGGACCCUCCAGUAUCUUAAGAAAUUAGUUCGUUACCUCAACAUAAAAAAUUGUUAUAUGUACUUACCAUUUUGUUUUGAUGAUUGUAUUCCAUGAGGAGCUACAGGAUAAGGGCCUGUAGGAAUCAAAGAUCCGUGUCGGUUGAUAGGAAGUUGUAGUCGCCCACAAUUUGAUAGUAAUGAUCUGUCUGAAGUCCCUGGAUGAACAGUUAAAUUCAUUACACUGAGAUCGGUAGACGAAUUACCUAAAACAUUCCAUUAAAAACGCUAAAAUAAAUAAUUUAAAAUUUCAAAAA